CCAGGCCAAAGCCCACGAUUUCACUAGGUACACCGCCGCGGUUUACGCAGGCCAAAGCCGAUGGUUUCGCUAGGUACACCGCCGCGGUGUACGCAUCCACUUCGUUUUUAAAUGUAGCAUGGGAUAAGUUUGAGAAAUAAAAUUACCUUCAUUGCUUAGAGUAGAAUAUAGAACAAUGCCUUAACAAAAAUAAAUAACAUCACAUACAUAUUACUCUCUUCAGACCGAAAUGUUUUGAAUUUAAUUUUCAGCUUAACAAAAUUUUUUUUAACUUAUGGCAUCUUCUAAAUUAUCAGUAAGACAUAUUCUCAUCACAGGAAUACCUGGUUGGUAUUUUUACUUUUACUAAUACUAAUGACUAAUAUAUAUUGUUAUUAAAUUACUAUUAGUAAUUAGUAUCUCUACUAUUACUUAUUAUUUUCUAGUAUUUAAAAUUUACUAUAACUUUAAUAGAUAAUUUACUUAUUAAAUUAUUUUAUAUUAAUUAUAUUAUAUAAAAUAAUAUUUAAUUAAAUUGAAAUUGCUUUAGUUUAAAUGUUUGAUUUUAUUUGUAUUAGUCUAAGUCUAGUAUUAGUAUUGAAAAUUUAAAUGGUUGGUUGUGUUUUUUAAUUUCAAUAUUGAUAUUGCAAUUGUUUUUUUUUUAAAUAUUGAAUACUUAAAAAGAUUUUAAAUUUAUUUUAACUGUGGAUGAAGUUAUGUAGCAAAUUGAUUCAAAAUGAACGUAGACAAAACUUAAAUAUUUUUUAUUUUGAUUAAUUUUUGAAAAUAUUUUAUUUUUCUGCACAGAAUUUCUUUGUGUAAUGCAUUUUAAGAAAUUGUAAAUUAUAUUUUACUUUUUUUUAUCUCAUCUUUAAUAGAAAGUAUCUUUUUUAAAGUUUUUAAAAAAUGGCCACAAUUCUCACUCACAGUUCACACCUUACAUAUAAAAACUCUUUUUUUAAAUCUCUGCUGAACAAACUUUAUUUCAAACAAACAUUCAUGCAAACCAUCUUCUGUGCAAACAACUUUCCAUUGUAUAAAUUUGUGUUGAACAAGUUGGUUUGUAACAUAACCGUUUCCCCACUUAAUUUAUUCCGUGCCCUCUCAAAAUCACUUUAGUAUUCCCCCCCCCCCCCCCAAAAAAAACCCAACUGCUGUUUCCCUCAAAGUUCUUUGCACUUUAUCCUAUUUACUGCCCCUGACUAUCAAAUGUCUUAAAUGCUAUUUAAACUAACAUUAGAGAGAGUUAUAAGAAGCAUAGGCCCUACUUAUUGACCCCGGAGGAACAAUAACAGGAUACUUUCUGAGGGAGACCCAAGACCCACAACCAAUGGGCACUGGUUAUCACAACAAAAGAAUGCCAAAUGACAGAGGAGUGAAGAGAGUAAAUCAUCAAAACCCCAGAGGAAAAUGGCUCAAAGGCAGACUUUGUCUUAAAUGGAUGGAUGAUGUGGGAAAAAGAUCUACAGCAGCUGGGAAUCCAAGCUUGGAAAAGAAAAGCAUUCAUUAUGUCUAAGUGGAAAGAAGUAGUGAGGCAGGCCAAAGCCCUACAUGGGCUGUAGCGCCACAAGGAUGGAUGACUAUCAAAUAAACUCCCUAGCCCUCAACAUCAUCUCUCCCUUACCCUACCUCUACACUCUCCCUCCUACACUUCAACACUCUACCCCAACUCCUUUGAAUUAAAGACCUAACUCUCUGUAAAUAGUUUCAACAGAGCCGAAUUGUUAAAAGUAAAGUACACAUAUAUUUGAUAUAUGUUCAUUUAAUUAAUGAAAAUAAUUUAUUUCUUAUUCACUCAAAAACAUAGAAUAAAUAUAUUUUAACCUUUUAUUUCAAUAUUUUCAAAUAUUACUUAAAAUUUGAAGGAUAAAAAUAAAUUAUUUUUAAUCUUCAUAAUUUUGUAUUAUGGUAUCACUAACUUUAAUGUUUUCACAUAUUUAAAAAUAAACAUCUUACAAAGUUAGUUGACUUCAUAUCCAAUGCACAGGUGUAGGUAAAACAACCAUAAUAAAAAAAAUUCAUCAAGAAUUGUCAAAGAAAGAAAUACAAUGUAAAGGGUUUAUGACAGAAGAGGUUCGUGUCAGUGGUCGCCGGAUAGGUUUUGAUGUUAUCACAACAAAUAAUGAGCGUGGGCAGUUAGCAAGAGUCAGGUAGAUAUUUAUAAUGAAUAUAUUUUCCAAAAAUAUAAUUUUACUAAUAUUUGUCAAUAUUUUUCAGAAGUACUUUUUUUUUCAAUUUAAUUGUAUAAUGCCAAUGCCCUUAAAUAUUUUAUAUUUAACUCAUUAAUAAUUUAUUUUUUAUCUUUUAAAAAAACGCACUUAAUUUUUUUAUAAAUACAUCUCUGGAAAAAAACUCAAAAUUGUAUGUCCCUUAAACUAAAUUACUAUCUUCAGUAAUCCUGCAGAUGACCUCCCAGGUAACAGGCAGAGAGCAUAUAAAGUUGGCCAGUAUUCAGUUAACAUGCAAUCCUUUGAGCUAACAGCUCUACCAACACUUCAACUUACACCGGUAUGGAACCUUUAAUAAUUUUUAUCUUUGUGAUUGUGCUUGUAACAUUUAGUUGCUGUUAUGAUUUUAUUAUUUUAAUUAAUUUAUUUAAUAAGAUUUUUGUAAAUAUAUUAAUGCCACAUUUGUAAAAUGGCCAUUGUUAAUUAUGCGAAGUGAUGUAUACUAAUUACUAUAAAUGAACCAUAAAACACUAGUUUUAUUGAAAUUUUUUUCUAAGUCAUAAUAGAUCUUAUGGAUACUUCUUUCAAAGGCUAAAGAACAGUGUGAUGGUAGAAGAUUGAUAUUUCUUGUAGAUGAAGUUGGCAAGAUGGAACUUUUCAGUCAAGCAUUUAUACAGGUCAUGAAGUUGUUAGUUUUAAUAAUAAUAAUAGUAAUAAUAUAUAUAUAUAUAUAUAUAAAAACAUCAACUUAAAAUAGUGAUUCAGAAUUAGAAGAUUAUUGACUCACUCUUUUAAGAAAUUGUUAUUGCUUAUUGAUAAUAACAUGCUACUAUCAACUUUAAUUCACACUUAACUUUGGUUUGGUUGGGUCUAAUUUGCUUAGGGAUGGUAUCCAAAUAAUAAAGGAAUAGGAUGGGUAAAGGAGAUAAAAUUUGUGAUUACCUUUAUUAUAUUUAUAUGGAUGGUCACAAAUAAAAAAAAUAAGGACACCUUUUUUCAAUAAACAAAGCAACUAAGAAUAUUGAUAUUGAUCCAUGGAACUAUUUAAUUUAUUCUUUUAUGUAAAUAUUUAUUCAGUUUUGGGAUUUUCCCUUGAACAGGCCAUCAAGAAGUUAAUGUCUCAUGCCAGUGUUUUGCUGGUGGCAACAAUACCAGUGCCUAAAGGAAAGCCAAUACAACUCGUCGAAGAACUUAGAAAUGGGCCUUUUUCUAAAGUAUUUGAGGUGAACAGCCACUAUCUUGUAAACUCAUAUCUCAUUAUGUAUCAUGCUUUAUGUAUGUCAUAUGAUUUUUCUUGUUGGGUAUUUGUCACCCACUAUGCAACAUAAAGUUUUAAGAAUAAAUGAUUGUAAACUGGAAAACUUGUAAAUAACCACUUUAUGCCAGUAUUAUAUGCUUGAGAUGUUUUGUGUUCAAACUGUGUACCUUUUUUGUACAAUUUUGUCUUGUUUAAAUUAUGUAUUUAUUUAUGUGCUGAAAAGCAAUAUAUACAAUGUAAUAAAAAAUAUAAAACAUCUCCUUUCAUUUGGAUCAAUAAAGAAUCUUACAUACAUCCACUGCUAGAUAACCACACACAAAAAGUGAGAAUAAUUAUGAUUAUUCCAAACACUUAAAGAUAUUUUUCUUAUGUAAUAAUAAUUAAGAUAUUCACCAUUUAUCUUAUUUUAGGUGACUCAUGAAAAUCGUGACAGAGUGCUAACAGAUGUGCUGGACGCUAUUGGAUCAUCUUUAAAAUUAUAAUAUCAGUUAUUUUCUGUGGAAUUUAUUUCAUUUUUUUUUAUGGGUUUGCUUUUUAACUUUUACCUGGAUGUUGGGUCAGUAGCAUAAGUACAAAUAUUAAUAUCUUGUAUUAAAGGAGAAAAAGUUUUAUUUUGUCAUUCAAUUAUUGCACACAUUUUUUUUUUUUAAAUUAAGCCAUUAUUUAGUUGUUUGUGAAUUGGCCGAAGUCUCUUCAAGGUUGAAAAUGAAACACAGGCCCAUAAAAGUCAUAUAAAUUUGAAAAAAGUUAACUAUUUUUAAAUGCUGCAUGUUCCUGUAUUAGUAUAACAGCAUUUAAAAUGUGAUUUCAGUCAAAUAUAUUCAGGCUGGCUGUCUCAUAUGUGCUGAAAUUAACCCUCAUUCACGUUGGGCUACCCGAGGGGUCUGAGGGGGCAUUUUAGGUGUGAAGAGGAAAACUGAUUGUCAGAGCAUAGGAGCCAUUGACUUUGAAGUUUUGACCAAAACUUUUAUAUAUUUUAAAUUUCAUCAGUGCACAGCUCUCUUUCUAACUUAAACUUAAUUUUAGAAGUCCAUUUUUUUUUGUCCCAUUUAAAAAUCAUCAUUGCUUUGGAUGGAUUUUGAGACUUUGACAAACAAUAGUUAGGGCUACCGAGUGUAGAAAAGAUUGGAAAGCCGUGGUUAGAGGAAAAUUAAGUUUGAAAGGGCCACCCAUUUUUAUGAUUCAAUUUUUUUUUUUUUAAAGUUAGUAAUUUUCAAAAGACUGACUGUGAAAAUGUUUGUUGUAUUGUUGCAACCAUCAAAGGAUGCACAAUCAAUUAAUAGUUUUUUUUGUUUUAGGCUUCAUUACUACAAUUUAAAAUACAACUUUAAGGAAAACAAAGUCAAAAUGUUUCUGUAUUGAAUCUAUUUUUAAAAUAUUUUUA